AUGACUUCGGAUCGAGCUCUAGUUGGCAUCUCUAAUUUGCCUAAUCAGCGUUACAAGAUUGUGUCAAGCAAUGGGGGAACGUUCACAUUGAUGGUGUGCGGUGAAUCCGGUCUGGGCAAGACAACUUUCAUCAACACGUUGUUCCAAACUACUCUUAAGCAUGUGGACUCACAACGCCGUAAUCAGCCCAUCAAAAAGACUGUGGAAAUAGACGUUCUGCGUGCAGUUCUCGAGGAGAAGAACUUUUCCUUGAGAGUAAACGUCGUCGACACGCCAGGUUUUGGCGACAAUGUCAACAACAAUAAAUCGUGGCAAACCAUAAUCGACUUCAUUGACGAUCAACAUGAUUCCUACAUGCGCCAGGAACAACAGCCAUUCCGUACAGUUAAAUUCGACUUGAGGGUUCACGCUGUGUUGUACUUUAUCAGACCCACUGGUCAUGGAUUGAAGCCAUUGGAUAUAGAGACCAUGAAGCGCAUUUCGUCAAGAGCUAACCUGAUUCCAGUGAUCGCAAAGUCUGACACUCUGACCGCUCAAGAACUACAGGAUUUCAAGAUUAGGAUCAGACAAGUCAUUGAGGCCCAGGAAAUCCGUAUUUUUACGCCUCCCUUGGAUGAUUCCUCGUCUCCAGACCCUGCUCUUAUGGAACAUGCUAGACAGCUAAUCGAGUCUAUGCCGUUUGCAAUCAUAGGUUCUGAAGAGAAAUAUGAUAAUGGCCAAGGGCAAAUGAUAGCGGCUAGAAAAUACCCUUGGGGACUCGUAGAGGUUGAAAACGACUCGCAUUGUGAUUUCCGUAAAUUGAGAAGUCUUUUGUUAAGAACAAAUCUCUUGGAUCUUAUCCUGUCGACUCAAAAGCUGCACUAUGAAGCGUACAGAAAACUCCGUUUGGAAGGUGCGGGUUCAACAGAAGACCCAUCUUUACCCACCCGAGCUCCAGCCAGAAAGCUUUCUCACAACCCUCAGUUCAAAGAGGAAGAGAAUGCAUUGAAGAAGUACUUUACAGAUCAAGUGAAGGCCGAAGAACAAAGAUUUAGACAAUGGGAACAAAAUAUUGUGAACGAGAGAAUUAGGCUCAACAGUGACUUGGAAGAAGUUCAGGCCAAGGUAAAGAAGUUAGAGGAACAAGUCAGAACCCUUCAACUAAGACGGCAUUAA